GGGGCUCUGCCACUUCAAGCUCCCGCCCGGCGGCGUGACUGCCCCGGCGAGUCGCAGAGCGGGGAGUGGACACGGAGUAGGGAGCGGAGAGGGAAGGAGGAGGAGGAGCAAAGGUGUUGGAGAGAAAACUUCAGAAAGGAACAGGAAACCUGCCGGGGAGGCGGCGGCGGCUGCGGCUUCUCUGGGCGCCCGGGCUGCGCUCUUCGCGGGGUGUCCGCAGCUGCGGCUUGGCCCCUGCCUGGCUUCCCAGGCGCGCACGCACGGCUGAGCCGCGACGCUUGGUGGCUCGGGCCGUGCCCUCCGCCGCGACUCUUGGCCGCUGCCGUCCCGUGCUCCAAUCCGCUCGUGCCUCGGCGGCUCCCUGGAGAGAGAGCGGCGAGGGCGCAGGGAAGAGGAGGGACGUCCACUGUGGAACAUGAAGCAGCAUGACUGAUAAAAUGUCCAGCUUCCUCUACAUAGGGGACAUCGUGUCCCUGUACGCGGAGGGCUCGGUCAACGGCUUCAUCAGCACCUUGGGGUUAGUGGAUGACAGAUGUGUGGUGCACCCAGAGGCCGGGGACCUUGCCAACCCUCCCAAGAAGUUCAGAGACUGCCUUUUCAAGGUGUGCCCUAUGAACCGAUAUUCUGCCCAGAAGCAAUAUUGGAAAGCCAAGCAAGCCAAACAAGGGAACCACACCGAGGCAGCCUUGCUGAAGAAACUACAGCACGCUGCAGAACUGGAACAAAAACAAAAUGAAUCAGAGAAUAAGAAGCUGUUGGGAGAAAUUGUGAAAUACAGUAAUGUUAUACAACUACUGCAUAUAAAAAGCAACAAAUAUCUUACUGUCAACAAGAGAUUGCCUGCUUUACUGGAGAAGAAUGCCAUGCGUGUGUCCUUGGAUGCUGCGGGAAACGAAGGGUCUUGGUUUUAUAUUCAUCCCUUCUGGAAGCUGAGAAGCGAGGGUGACAAUAUUGUUGUAGGAGAUAAAGUUGUUUUGAUGCCUGUGAAUGCAGGACAGCCACUACAUGCCAGCAACAUAGAGCUUCUUGAUAACCCAGGGUGUAAAGAGGUGAAUGCUGUUAAUUGCAACACCAGCUGGAAAAUCACUUUAUUCAUGAAAUAUAGUUCCUAUCGAGAGGAUGUAUUAAAAGGAGGGGACGUUGUUAGAUUGUUUCAUGCGGAACAAGAGAAGUUUUUGACUUGUGAUGAAUACGAGAAAAAACAGCACAUUUUCCUUCGUACAACCUUGCGCCAAUCAGCUACUUCUGCUACUAGUUCUAAAGCGCUGUGGGAAAUAGAGGUGGUUCAUCAUGACCCAUGCCGUGGGGGUGCAGGACAGUGGAACAGCUUGUUCAGAUUUAAACAUCUUGCAACUGGAAACUAUUUAGCUGCAGAGCUUAAUCCUGAUUAUCGAGAUGCCCAAAAUGAAGGAAAAAAUGUGAGAGAUGACCAUCCAACUUCAAAGAAAAAACGCCAGGCAGGGGAGAAGAUCAUGUAUACUUUGGUUUCAGUCCCACAUGGCAAUGACAUUGCAUCCCUUUUUGAACUCGAUGCCACAACUCUUCAGAGAGCUGACUGCCUGGUUCCAAGGAACUCAUAUGUUCGGUUAAGGCAUUUAUGCACCAACACAUGGGUAACCAGUACUAGUAUCCCCAUAGACACAGAUGAAGAGAGGCCUGUUAUGUUAAAGAUUGGAACCUGCCAAACCAAAGAAGAUAAAGAAGCGUUCGCCAUCGUGUCUGUCCCACUGUCUGAAGUUCGAGACUUAGACUUUGCCAAUGAUGCCAAUAAAGUACUAGCGACCACAGUUAAAAAGCUAGAAAAUGGCACAAUAACUCAGAAUGAAAGGAGGUUUGUAACCAAAUUAUUGGAAGACCUCAUCUUCUUUGUUGCUGAUGUGCCUAAUAAUGGACAAGAAGUUCUGGAUGUGGUUAUCACUAAGCCAAACCGAGAGCGUCAAAAAUUGAUGAGGGAACAAAACAUACUGGCGCAGGUAUUUGGAAUUCUUAAAGCACCCUUUAAAGAGAAAGCAGGAGAAGGCUCAAUGCUGCGACUUGAAGAUCUUGGGGAUCAAAGAUAUGCACCCUACAAGUACAUGCUGCGGCUCUGUUACCGUGUCCUGAGACACUCUCAGCAGGAUUACCGGAAAAAUCAGGAAUAUAUUGCUAAGAAUUUCUGUGUCAUGCAGUCCCAGAUUGGCUAUGAUAUUUUGGCAGAAGAUACUAUCACAGCUUUGUUGCACAACAACAGAAAACUACUAGAGAAACAUAUCACAGCAAAAGAAAUAGAAACAUUUGUCAGUUUACUCAGGAGAAAUCGGGAGCCAAGGUUUUUGGAUUAUUUGUCAGAUCUGUGUGUGUCUAAUACCACUGCUAUUCCUGUAACUCAAGAACUCAUCUGUAAAUUUAUGUUGAGUCCAGGCAAUGCAGACAUUCUCAUUCAAACUAAGGUGGUCUCAAUGCAAGCAGACAACCCCAUGGAGAGCUCCAUCCUUUCCGAUGACAUUGACGAUGAAGAAGUUUGGCUCUAUUGGAUUGACAGCAACAGGGAACCUCAUGGCAAAGCUAUCAGGCACCUUGCUCAAGAGGCAAAAGAAGGCACCAAAGCUGACUUAGAAGUUCUUACCUAUUACAGGUACCAGCUAAACCUCUUUGCAAGGAUGUGCUUGGAUCGCCAGUAUCUGGCCAUAAACCAGAUUUCUACACAGCUCUCUGUAGACCUGAUCCUGCGGUGUGUGUCGGAUGAGAGCCUGCCGUUCGACCUCCGAGCGUCCUUCUGUCGCCUCAUGCUCCACAUGCACGUUGACCGGGAUCCCCAGGAGUCUGUGGUGCCUGUUCGCUAUGCCAGGCUCUGGACAGAAAUCCCCACAAAGAUCACAAUUCAUGAAUAUGAUUCUAUAACAGACUCUUCCCGAAAUGAUAUGAAGAGGAAAUUUGCCCUGACAAUGGAAUUUGUUGAAGAAUAUUUGAAAGAAGUCGUAAACCAGCCCUUUCCUUUUGGGGAUAAAGAAAAAAAUAAACUGACAUUUGAGGUGGUCCACUUGGCUCGGAAUCUUAUAUACUUUGGAUUUUAUAGUUUCAGUGAGUUAUUAAGGCUAACAAGAACACUUCUGGCUAUUUUAGACAUUGUACAGGCUCCCAUGUCGUCAUACUUUGAAAGAUUAAGCAAAUUUCAAGAUGGAGGAAACAAUGUGAUGAGAACCAUUCAUGGGGUGGGAGAGAUGAUGACCCAGAUGGUACUCAGUAGAGGCUCCAUCUUCCCCAUGAGCGUGCCAGAUGUGCCACCCAGCAUCCACCCGAGCAAGCAAGGGAGCCCCGCCGAGCAUGAGGAUGUGACUGUGAUGGACACCAAGCUGAAGAUCAUUGAGAUUUUGCAGUUUAUCCUGAGUGUCAGACUAGAUUAUAGGAUCUCAUAUAUGCUGUCGAUAUAUAAGAAGGAGUUUGGAGAGGACAAUGACAAUGCGGAGACAUCUGCCAGUGGAUCUCCAGAUACUUUACUACCAUCAGCUAUUGUUCCUGAUAUAGAUGAAAUUGCAGCUCAGGCAGAAACUAUGUUUGCGGGAAGAAAGGAAAAAAACCCAGUUCAACUUGAUGAUGAAGGAGGCAGGACAUUUUUACGGGUCCUCAUUCAUCUGAUCAUGCACGACUACCCGCCUUUGCUGUCUGGAGCCCUGCAGCUGUUGUUUAAGCACUUCAGCCAGAGGGCGGAGGUUUUACAGGCAUUUAAGCAGGUGCAAUUACUGGUGUCUAAUCAAGAUGUAGAUAACUACAAGCAAAUCAAGGCAGAUCUAGACCAGCUUCGACUGACAGUGGAGAAGUCUGAGCUAUGGGUUGAGAAGAGCAGCAACUAUGAGAACGGAGAAAUAGGGGAAAGUCAAGUGAAAGGCGGUGAAGAGCCAAUUGAGGAAUCGAACAUUUUAAGUCCAGUGCAGGAUGGAACAAAGAAACCUCAGAUUGACAGCAACAAGAGCAAUAACUACCGGAUUGUAAAGGAGAUUUUGAUUAGGCUAAGUAAACUCUGUGUACAGAAUAAAAAGUGUCGGAUUCAACAUCAACGAUUACUGAAAAAUAUGGGGGCACAUUCAGUGGUGCUAGAUCUUCUCCAGAUACCCUACGAAAAGAAUGAUGAAAAAAUGAACGAAGUAAUGAAUCUAGCCCAUACGUUUCUGCAGAAUUUCUGUCGAGGAAAUCCACAGAAUCAAGUUCUUCUUCAUAAACAUCUGAAUUUGUUUUUAACUCCAGGUCUCCUUGAAGCAGAAACCAUGCGGCACAUCUUCAUGAACAAUUACCAUCUGUGCAACGAAAUUAGCGAGAGAGUUGUACAGCACUUUGUGCACUGCAUUGAGACACAUGGCCGCCACGUGGAGUACCUGAGGUUUUUGCAAACAAUUGUGAAAGCAGAUGGUAAAUAUGUGAAGAAAUGCCAGGAUAUGGUAAUGACAGAGUUGAUAAAUGGGGGUGAAGACGUGCUGAUAUUUUACAAUGAUAGAGCGUCAUUUCCCAUCCUUCUCCAUAUGAUGUGUUCAGAGAGAGACCGAGGGGAUGAGAGUGGCCCCUUAGCCUACCACAUCACCCUGGUGGAGCUGCUGGCAGCAUGCACAGAGGGGAAAAAUGUCUACACUGAAAUCAAGUGUAAUUCCCUUCUCCCGCUGGACGACAUAGUGAGGGUGGUGACCCAUGACGACUGCAUCCCUGAGGUUAAAAUUGCUUAUGUGAACUUUGUUAAUCACUGUUAUGUUGACACUGAAGUGGAAAUGAAAGAAAUCUAUACAAGUAACCACAUUUGGAAAUUAUUUGAGAACUUCUUGGUGGAUAUGGCAAGGGUUUGCAACACAACUACAGACAGGAAACAUGCAGACAUCUUUUUGGAAAAGUGUGUUACUGAGUCAAUAAUGAAUAUUGUGAGCGGCUUCUUUAAUUCCCCCUUUUCAGACAAUAGUACCAGCCUCCAGACACAUCAGCCAGUUUUUAUUCAGCUACUGCAAUCUGCCUUCAGAAUUUACAAUUGCACCUGGCCAAACCCGUCACAGAAAGCCUCGGUGGAAUCCUGUAUCAGAACUUUGGCUGAAGUGGCAAAAAAUCGUGGAAUUGCCAUUCCAGUGGAUUUGGACGGCCAAGUUAAUACUCUUUUCAUGAAGAGCCAUUCAAAUAUGGUGCAGAGAGCAGCAAUGGGUUGGAGACUAUCAGCUCGCUCUGGGCCACGCUUUAAGGAAGCUCUUGGAGGGCCUUCUUGGGAUUACAGAAAUAUUAUUGAAAAGUUACAGGAUGUAGUGGCCUCCUUGGAGCACCAGUUCAGCCCAAUGAUGCAGGCUGAAUUCUCAGUGUUGGUUGAUGUAUUGUACAGUCCAGAGCUGCUGUUCCCUGAGGGAAGCGAUGCAAGAAUAAGAUGUGGCGCUUUCAUGUCAAAGUUGAUUAAUCAUACAAAGAAACUAAUGGAGAAAGAAGAAAAACUGUGCAUUAAAAUUCUUCAGACAUUACGAGAAAUGUUAGAGAAGAAAGACAGCUUUGUGGAAGAGGGUAACACAUUAAGAAAGAUACUUCUGAAUCGAUACUUUAAAGGUGAUUAUAGUAUUGGCAUGAAUGGACACCUAUCAGGAGCCUACUCCAAAACUGCACAGGUGGGAGGAAGCUUUUCUGGACAAGAUUCAGAUAAGAUGGGGAUAUCAAUGUCAGAUAUUCAGUGUCUGCUGGAUAAAGAAGGUGCCUCAGAACUUGUCAUCGAUGUUAUAGUGAACACCAAAAAUGACAGAAUUUUUUCAGAAGGCAUUUUCCUCGGCAUUGCCUUGCUCGAAGGAGGAAAUACACAAACACAGUAUUCUUUCUACCAGCAGUUGCAUGAACAAAAAAAGUCAGAAAAAUUCUUUAAAGUUCUCUAUGAUCGAAUGAAGGCUGCUCAGAAAGAAAUAAGAUCAACAGUGACAGUUAAUACCAUAGAUUUAGGUAGCAAAAAAAGGGAUGAUGACAAUGAAUUGAUGACAUCUGGUCCACGAAUGAGAGUAAGAGAUUCAACACUACAUUUAAAAGAGGGAAUGAAAGGGCAAUUAACAGAAGCUUCUUCAGCAACAUCCAAAGCAUAUUGUGUAUACAGAAGAGAAAUGGAUCCAGAAAUAGACAUUAUGUGCACAGGACCAGAAGCAGGAAACACUGAGGAAAAAUCUGCAGAGGAAGUAACAAUGAGUCCUGCAAUUGCCAUCAUGCAGCCAAUACUGAGAUUUCUUCAGUUACUGUGUGAGAAUCACAACCGGGAAUUACAGAACUUCUUGAGGAAUCAAAACAACAAAACAAAUUACAACCUUGUCUGUGAGACCCUUCAGUUUCUGGACUGCAUUUGCGGAAGUACAACCGGUGGCCUGGGCCUGUUGGGUCUCUACAUCAAUGAGAAGAACGUAGCACUGGUCAACCAGACCCUGGAGAGCUUGACUGAGUAUUGCCAGGGCCCCUGCCAUGAAAAUCAGACCUGUAUCGCUACACAUGAGUCUAAUGGGAUUGAUAUCAUCAUUGCUUUGAUUCUGAAUGACAUAAACCCUCUUGGUAAAUACCGAAUGGAUCUGGUGCUCCAGCUAAAGAACAAUGCAUCUAAACUUUUGCUGGCCAUUAUGGAAAGCAGACAUGACAGCGAGAAUGCAGAAAGAAUUCUUUUUAACAUGAGACCCAGAGAACUGGUGGAUGUGAUGAAGAAUGCCUACAACCAAGGAUUGGAAUGUGACCAUGGGGAUGACGAGGGUGGAGAUGAUGGUGUUUCUCCAAAAGAUGUUGGACACAAUAUCUAUAUUCUGGCCCAUCAGUUGGCCCGCCACAAUAAACUGUUGCAGCAGAUGCUCAAACCAGGAUCGGAUCCAGAUGAAGGAGAUGAAGCCUUAAAGUAUUAUGCCAACCACACUGCACAGAUUGAGAUUGUCCGGCAUGAUAGGACCAUGGAACAAAUAGUUUUUCCUGUCCCCAAUAUAUGUGAAUACCUCACUCGAGAAUCCAAGUGCCGUGUGUUCAAUACAACUGAAAGGGAUGAACAAGGAAGUAAAGUGAAUGACUUUUUCCAGCAAACAGAAGAUCUCUACAAUGAAAUGAAGUGGCAAAAGAAAAUCAGAAAUAACCCUGCACUGUUCUGGUUCUCGAGGCACAUCUCUCUCUGGGGGAGCAUUUCCUUCAACCUGGCUGUGUUCAUCAAUUUAGCUGUUGCUCUCUUCUACCCAUUCGGGGAUGAUGGAGAUGAAGGUACACUUUCUCCAUUGUUCUCGGUUCUUCUUUGGAUAGCAGUUGCAAUCUGCACAUCUAUGCUGUUUUUCUUCUCCAAGCCUGUGGGUAUUCGGCCGUUUCUUGUAUCAAUAAUGCUCAGAUCAAUAUACACAAUAGGUCUUGGGCCUACCUUGAUACUUCUUGGUGCAGCUAAUCUUUGUAAUAAAAUUGUAUUUCUGGUGAGUUUUGUUGGAAAUCGUGGCACGUUCACCCGUGGGUACCGAGCAGUCAUCCUGGAUAUGGCCUUUCUCUAUCACGUGGCGUAUGUCCUGGUUUGCAUGCUGGGCCUUUUUGUCCAUGAAUUCUUCUAUAGCUUCCUGCUUUUUGAUUUGGUGUACAGAGAAGAGACUCUGCUGAAUGUCAUAAAAAGUGUCACACGAAAUGGCCGCUCUAUUAUUCUAACUGCAGUCCUGGCUCUCAUCCUCGUCUACCUGUUUUCCAUUAUUGGGUUCCUUUUUUUGAAGGAUGACUUCACUAUGGAAGUUGAUAGGCUGAAAAACCGAACUCCUGUUACAGGCAGUCAUCAAGUGCCUACCAUGACUUUAACUACCAUGAUGGAAGCAUGUGCCAAGGAGAACUGUUCACCCACAAUUCCAGCUUCAAAUACAGCUGAUGAAGAGUAUGAAGAUGGAAUUGAAAGGACGUGUGACACUCUCCUUAUGUGCAUUGUCACCGUGCUGAACCAGGGCCUCAGGAACGGUGGUGGUGUGGGGGAUGUGCUAAGAAGGCCAUCAAAAGAUGAGCCCUUGUUUGCUGCCCGAGUGGUUUAUGACCUUCUUUUUUAUUUCAUUGUUAUCAUUAUUGUUCUGAACUUGAUUUUUGGUGUUAUCAUCGACACUUUUGCUGAUCUCAGAAGUGAAAAACAGAAAAAAGAAGAAAUUCUAAAGACAACUUGUUUCAUCUGUGGACUUGAGAGAGACAAGUUUGAUAAUAAAACGGUUUCAUUUGAGGAGCACAUUAAGUCAGAACACAAUAUGUGGCAUUAUUUGUACUUCAUAGUCCUGGUGAAAGUUAAAGACCCAACAGAAUACACUGGACCUGAAAGUUACGUGGCUCAAAUGAUUGUGAGGAAAAAGGAGAAGAAUUUGGAUUGGUUUCCUCGGAUGCGAGCCAUGUCCCUCGUUAGCAAUGAAGGCGACAGUGAGCAAAAUGAAAUUCGGAACCUUCAGGAGAAGUUGGAAUCGACCAUGAGUCUAGUCAAACAGCUGUCGGGUCAGCUGGCAGAGCUCAAGGAGCAGAUGACAGAACAAAGGAAGAAUAAGCAGAGACUGGGCUUCCUCGGAUCAAACACACCCCAUGUGAAUCAUCACAUGCCACCACACUGAUACCAUGGGGGGAAGCCGUGACUAGCCUUUCAUCAGUGUCCUGCCUGAUCACUGAAUAAAGAACUGAGAUGGAGGGGAGUGAACAGUGCCUAUUGUUGAAAAGUUAAAAACAACCAAGUGCCAAGAUGUUGAGUGGGUUAGCUCUGAGAACAAUUUAUAACUGUGUUUUCAUGGUUGCGAAGACCUAACCUCAAAUGCAUCUGCUAGAAAGCGUACAUCACACAUUCGCAAUGCAACAGGAAGAAAAGGCUUGCCCAAAAGGCUGGAGAGGGCAGGGAGCAUCAGGGUGGAAGGAGACACGGGGCAGAGAGAACUAUCUUCUGCUAAAUCGAUAGGAGUCAGUUUUGUCUUAAAUGCUGACUACAGCCACUGACAUGGUUGGCUGGAAUUUCUUUCUUUUAAUUGUGGCAUAUAGGUUCGUGAUACAAGAAGUCAUACUUUGGUGGCUAAGUUUUCCUAAGGAAAAUAACUGAAAAGAUGAAAAGUGAGAGUUGAAAAGAGAAAUGAUAAUGCUUCCAAACUGUAGCUGUCUCAGGGCAAUUUCUUUAUUUAUAACGUGAAGCACAAUGGAUUUACAGCUCUAGGAACUUAGUACUUUGGAGCUUUUGCCUCUCAUGCUGACAACAUAACAGAAUGUGAUUGCCUUCUCCGGAUUCCGACAGGCUCUGUCAAUGUGGAGCACAAAAGGAGAUUUUCGUAUAACUUGUUGAAAACGUCCUCUAAGUCAUGGAUAGGCUAAGAUUUUUUAAAGAUCUGGGGGAAUAAAAAGCCAACAGUAAACCCCAGGAAAGGGUUUUUAGAGACCGUGUGCAUGCUAUUAAAAUAUAUUGAGAUUAAUACAUGAACAUGCUUAAAGGUGAUAGGAAUUACUGAGAAACUUAUGGUGGUGGCAUUGCCUUUUCUAAACCUGCAGUGAAAGCUAUUUGACUCAUGUUUGCUGUGCCUAAAGAAUUGCUUCAGGAACUGAGCGUGUUUAUUUAUGGUAUUCCUGCAGUUAGGAAAAAAAAAAAUCCAAGAAAUGUAUUGAAUACUCAAGAAAAUGCUGCAUUUCAAUUACGUAUUUAAAACUGUAUCUGAAAGGGCUUUUCAAAAUGUAGAAAGACAAAAACCUCUUAUUCGAAUUGUUUUUAUGUUAAAUCAUGCACUCAGAAUUUGUGGAGGGAGAGAACCUGGCGUGUUCAGGUUAUUCUUAGAGACUACAUGUUUGGAAUAGCAGAGCAAAAUGUGGAUAAUUAAAGUGUUAGGAAAAGAAGCGGUGUGUUGGGACCCAGAGCAAUGAAUUUUUGAACUGAAGCUACUGGUACUCCCCAGCACCACCUCAUACUAAGAAUUCCUCACUCUGACAUGGUAGUAUUUUUUCUGACCAGGAGUUGAAAGACCCUGACAUUCGUGAUCCAAAGAUAUAAGAAAUUUUGAUAUGUCUGCAUGUAGCACAGAACUUUGAACCUAACAGGCAGUCAAUAAAUACAAGAGAAAUUUAGCUGUCAUUCAGUUACUCUUAAUUCUUUAUAAAACUUUAAGCGAUAGCACAUAUUUGUUUGUUUUAAAUGGCUUUCCCAAAAUCAAAGUAGACUAAAGCAGCCAUCUUUAAAAUCCAGGAUCAUCAAUGCUAUUAACAGUAUCAGGUUAAAAGUACACUUUAAAAUAUUUUAAUCAGGCAGAGUUUUAUGGAUAGAGAAUAGAAGAGAAAGGUGGUAAAUACUGAACAUAUUCCAAUAUAGGAACCUAUCUCUAUUUUAGUACAAAAUAAAAUAUUUCUGACAUCUGAACUAGAGGUCAAGAGAAUAAAUUCAUUUGUACACAUCUGAGCAACCUGUCUUUCAGAUGAUAAAGUAUCUAGCCUUUUCUGACACCAUAAUAGUUCAUUUUGUAGGGAAUAAGCCAUUAGGUGUAUAUAAUUGCUAUCUAGAAAUGACCUAAUGUCCCCAACCACUGUGUAGUGGCAGAUCACUGUUUCACAGCGUAUUUUCUCCUAAGGAAAGUAUUCAAAAGAGACUGCAACUAACAAGACUCUUAUUUCAUCAAAAUUUAAAUAUUUCUUAGUUGUAUUUUUAAUGCCUCUUUCUUUUCUGCCUAAAUGCUUAGAAAAGGCAUUUUUCAGAACAUCAAAUUCCUAAUGGAGAAGAUAAUGGGGAAAUUUGACAUUUGUUAUAAAUUUAUAUUUGUUAUGUGUAUGUUUGUUAAUGCAACUGGAAUAUUUGACCUAGGUAAGUAUCAGUUAACAUCCUUGUAUUUAUAUAGUGACAUCAAAAUAAAUGCAAUCAUCUUGGACUUUGAUGUUAAGGGAGAUUUUGAAAAAAAUAUUUAGUUAUUUAAAAUCCAUAUUGGUUCAAAAAUAUUAGUUUCUGCUGAAUAAUAUUUUUAAUUUCAAAAGGGUUUUGUUCCCUCUGUACUCCAUUCUGAGGCUCAAGAGCUUAAUGCAAGUCUGUUUUCUGAGUUAACACUUUUAGAUGAGAAAAUGCUUGUAUCAUAUAGGACUAUAAUAUAAAUAAAUAAUUUAUAUGUAUGCAAAAUAUAUCAUAUUUUCUACCCCUUAAAAAGUUAAAUUAGAAAUGAGCUUAUUUUCUUACACAUCAACAUUUUUCUGUUGGUAAAGAGGACACAACUUCUAGGGAUUGUUAAUAAUAUCAGGAAGAUAUUUCAUUCAUCAGAACUAAUUGUGUGCUUCUUCCCAUAUUCUCAGCUCAUAACUCCCUGUUUUGGCUGCUCUCUUUAUUUUACAAUUGUUUUAUUGCAAACAGCAAGGCAGUAUGGCCCACACUCAGCCCCCAGCCCCCAGCCCCCAGGACUGAGAAUGAGUGGGGAGGCUGGGGAGUUGGUGAGAGAAGGUGGAGAUAGGGAUUUCUGCUUCCCAGUACUCUUAUCAUUAGAGAAAAGGAGGGGUAAAUAUUACCUAAUAAGAAGAAAAAAGCUUAUUCUUCAGGGACCCAGUAGAUUGGAUAUAAGCAAGUAAAUAUCGCACAGGCAUCAUGAUAUAACAGUUGAUGGACCCCAGAGAUACCCCUUACCCAUGCAGAGAACAAAGCUGUGUGGAAGAGCAACUGCCAUAAGAUGGUGUGUUCCCUCCAGCGGCUGUUAAAGCCAACCUGAAUCACAAAUCAGCUAUUUCGACCUACAGACCCAUUCCAAUAUGCUGUGAUACACGACACGGUGCACCGCAGAGGAGACUGACACCUUCAGCACAAACACAGAUGCCUGCGGGAGCUUGGCAAGUCACUGAAUUGCACGAAAUUGUGAGGGGCACACCAAAUGCAGGGAUGGGGAAGGCCGUGGGAAGCUCCGUAUUCUCAAAGUUUGACAGCUAGUUCUGGUUUGUAGAAAAUGCCUGAGGCCAGUAGAGGCCCUGUAGUCACUCAUUGCUGCUGUUUCUGAUAUAAUUAUUGAGAAAGCUAUCUCAUUUAAUAGAAGAAAACAUGCACCAUCAAAACCAGAGAGCCUAACGUGCAUGUGAAAAUCGAGAAAUCUGAAAACAAAUCCAGGUACCCUUCUCUGAACUGGAGUGUUUCCACAGACUUGAAUAAUUUAUGAAAUUAUCACACCAGUACUUCUCAUAUCACCAAGAAGACUUUCUAUCCUGCCGUAGAGGGUUACUAUAUUUGCCUAAAAACACAAUUCCAAUAUAUGUCAAGGGCAGAUAAUUUAUAAGUAAAUGUUAAUAAAAUUGGAUGUGUAUAA